UAACCAUCCAAACCGAAAACGGAAGCCGACCAAAGCAAAAGCUCAGUCAGAGCCUCUUCAAUGGCGUCCGCAGCAGCUCAUCUCUACUCAUGCUUCAAUCCCAAUCAUAAAUCAGGCACUUCUCUAUCUUCUAUAUUCGUUCUCGUUAUCGUGGAAGAAGCCAAAUGGGUAGGAGGAAUGAGUGCGUGCUUUGCCACCAAGGUCCGUCCGCCUGGUGGAAAUUGCCGGACCGAGCAUGUCCAUACAGGGAAGCUUCAUCACAGAGAUAAGAGCACCCCGCCCGCCAAAUUUCACCUUCUCAAAGCUAAGGCGGCGAAAAAAGACCGUGACACGAAGCCGAAGAGCGUGAUAUGUACCGACUGCGAUGGGAAUGGGGCAGUAUUGUGUUCUCAGUGCAAGGGAAGUGGAGUUAACUCAGAAGACAUGUUUAAUGGGGAAUUCAAAGCUGGGGAUGACUGCUGGCUUUGUGGGGGAAGGAAAGAGAUGCUGUGCGGGAACUGCAAUGGGGCUGGCUUUCUUGGUGGCUUCAUGAGCACCUUUGAUCAAUAGGAUCCCUGGCUCGUACAUAACUUUGCACUUUUGUAUCAUCGUGGUCGUCGUUAUCAUCAUUGUAUAGUCAUAUUUGAUAUGAAAGGGCUUUGUAUGAAGCGAUUUGUCCGAUUAACUACGUCUAAACAUGAGACCUGUCCCGAUUCUAUGUACCACCUUUUUCCAUGACCCAGGCAUC